AUGCUCGACGCAACUGAAUCGGAAUCUGCAAAUUCGAGCAAAAUGGGCUUCCUCGAGAGGUGGAUAUAUCCCGGCCCAUCUCCGGCGCCACGGGUGCGAACAAAACCUAUGCAAGUGCUGGCACUCGGCAUGUCGCGCUCAGCGACCGAAUCUCUGCGCCGGGCGCUGAUCAUCCUCGGCUACGACCACGUCUAUCACGGCUUCGACAUGAGCGAAUCGACUCCAAUGCAAUGGAAGCAGUGGGCACUGCUUGGCCGCCGAAAAUACGGUAUCCAGGGGACAACGCACAAAGGGGACCCCGAGCUCUCCCGGAAAGACUUUGACUCUAUUAUCGGCCACGCGGAGGCAGUUACCGAUCAGCCCUGCGCGAUCUUCGCGCCCGAGCUUAUCAAAUGCUAUCCCGAGGCGAAAGUCAUCCUGAAUUAUCGCGACGUGGACUCGUGGUAUGCCAGCCUUACGGCGCUGAUACUGCCUCAUGCACGCGGAUUCUGGUACCACGUCCUGCCCUGGUUCCAGCCGGAUAUGUAUUGGGCGGUGCAGUAUACGGUUCACUGCUUCAAUAAAUUCUUCUAUGACUCGCUAGAGCGAAACGGAAAGUGGGUGUACGAGCAGCAUUCGGCGACGAUCAAGGGUCUGGUAGAGCCGGAGAGACUGCUCGUGUGGAAGGUUCAGGAUGGCUGGGAGCCGCUGUGCAAAUUUCUCGACAAGCCCAUACCGGACGAACCAUUUCCAGAAGGUAACACGCUGGACGCGACGAACCGCCGGUAUGAUAAGAACAUGGUUCGGUGCGGGAUCGCUGCGGCUCGAAACUUUCUCAUCUUCGUGGUCAUUGUCAGCGUCGGAUCUGCGUAUCUUGCUGGAUUGAUUGGAAGAGAAUAA